UCUGUGACUGUUAUUGUCUAAUGUCAUAUUGCUAAUGGUAAGCAAUGUUUUUAUUUUAUUAUUUACAAAGCUUAAUCACUAUUUAAAAUGAGUUCGGUACAAGAACGCUUACAAUUAAAACGGGUGCCACUGGAUACAUGGAAUGUUCGAGAACAAUUAUGCCUCGCAUCAGCUGUAGUGCGAAGCGGCGAUCAAAACUGGAUGUCAGUCUCGCGGGCUCUGAAAACUGUCGGCGAACCCAAUAGACCGCCGGACUGGUAUUCUCAAAAGAGCUGUGCAGCGCAAUACGGAGCACUGUUAGAACAUGUGGAUACUCCUAAACGUAAGAAGCGGAACUCGGAAGGUGGUGUCGAGACGCCGCAGGAGAGUAUCCUCAAACAACUCACACAGCAAAGGAUUCUUGAGAUACAGGGUACACUCAGCGAGAUGAACAACCAAUAUGAACAGUUGAAGAACGAAAUAGCGGAGGUACGGAGUCAGACGACGACGGACGAUCGCAUCCAGGAGCUUUGGUCGGGGAUAGAGGCGGCGAAGCGCGCGAGGGAGCGCGAGUGUGCGAGGCGGGCGGCCUGGCUCAAGGAGAGGGAGGAGCGCCGUGCGCGCGCAGAGAGGACGUGGCGACCGUCGCAGACGCCACCACCCACCACGCCAACAACAGCACCGCCAUCCUCGCCGUUGCUAACUUCGCUUCUCAAGUCGUCGCCGGUGGUCACCACGCCGCAGCACAUACCACACCCCGCCACUGUCGUCGAUUCCGUAUCCCCAUCAGCUGGUGCUCCAACGCUGUCUCUAUUACUGGAACAGGCGCAGGACAGCAAGAACGCAGCCAUUGAACAUAUCAAGAGUCAGCUGGUGCAGAUAGAACACCAGCUCAAAGCAAGCACCCAGGCGACAGUGGUACCACAGCCCGUCAUUCAGCCAGCGCCCGCUGUGGACAUUGACGAUAUAGAAAUAAAGGCAGAAGACGUGUAUGCGUUUCGUGAUAUUGACAUUAACAUACCGCCCGUCACGGCGCUUCAUAAGGGGAACGUGAGAGUUGCCGAGAAACCAGCACCGAAGAAAGAAAUCGAAGCUCCAGCGUCCGAACCGGAAGUGGUCGAACCGCCCAUUGUCGAGGUCAAGGAGGAGCCGGUUCCUGAAACAACCAUCGUGGAAGAUAUGACGCCUAAUGAAAUGGAGACGGUCGAAGAGGAAAAAUCUCCACAAACACAAGAGGAGAAGGAAACUGAACCGAAAGAGGCGGAAGUGAAAAUAUCGUUUCCGGAAGUUAAAUUUCCAACGCUGGAAAUUAAGGUUAUACAGCUGGACGAACAGAAGGAUUCACAGAUCAAAGAGGAAGUCAAAGAACCGGAGCCAGAGCCGGAACCGACAGCGCCUGAAGAGAGAACAGAAAUAAUGGAAGAAGAUAAAGAAGAGACACGUACACAAGAAGAGAAGAUCGCGGAUGAACCAGAAGCAAUCGACGAACCGCCGGCUCCAGUAGCUGAAGAAGCUGUAGAACCGCCACCAGCAGCACCACAGCCUGAAGAAGAAAUAAUCACAGACCCGCAAGACAUACCCUUACCGCCGGAAAUUGAGGCUAAAGAGGAAGAAAAAGAAGCUCCUGAAAUAAUUCAACCAUCGGAACCAGAGCCUGAAGAACCAGCGAAGGUAACCGCAGAGGUCGUAGAAGAAAAAGAAAAAACAUUAGAAGAACCAGUCCCGGAAGAGACGGAGAAAAAAGAGGAGGUCCCAGAAGAGAGCGUAGAAGAUAAAUUAAUAGAAGAUAUCAAGAAGGAAGACGAUGCUGAGGAUUCGAUUCCACUAAAAGAAAUGAUAAAAGAAGAAUUAUCGCAAGAGGAAGUUAAGAGGGAGGGCGUGGAGGAGGACACGCACACGGAGACAGACGACGACACUCCCAUGGAGCUCAGUCGAGAAGAAGAGAAAGAUGGAAAGAAAAAGAGAGAUUACUCGAGGAAGAAGAAAUCUGAUUCUAGAACGUGCUCGGGCUCCGAGAGCGCUCCGGAGUCCCCGAGCGCGAGCGACGCGGAGCGACAGCACCGCCUGUGGAAGAAGAGCGUCAUGUUGGUGUACAGCCGCCUGUGCGCGCACAAGUACGCGUCUCUGUUCCUGCGUCCGAUCUCCGACGAGGAGGCUCCCGGGUACAGCGUGGUGGUGAAGCGGCCCAUGGACCUGUCCACCGUAAGGCGCAACAUCGAUGCCGGUAACGUCAGGACGACAGCCGAGUUCCAGCGCGACGUGCUGCUGAUGUUGUCCAACGCGCUGCUCUACAACAGCAGCUCGCACAGCGUGUACGCGAUGGCGCGGGAGAUGCACGAGGAUGCGCAGUGCCAGCUGGGCAUGCUGCUGGCGGCGCAGGCGCACGCCGGGCUGUGCGCGCCGCCGCGCCGCAAGCGCCGCCUCGACGCGCACGCGCACGCGCACGGCAAGCACCACCGCGCGUGACGGCGGGACACUCAUAAUAUAUUCUAAUUCAUU